CCCAGGCCUUGCAAGCUCCCGGGCUGUUUCUUGAAGGCUCGGCGGGAUCUGUCAGUGGAAGAGCACUGGAGCCACGUUGCAGAUCGUCUCCUCUUUAGGGCGGAGUGGAAACAUUGAAGAUGCAGCCAGCUGAGUGCCCGAUUUCCUUUGAGGAAGUGGCCGUGCGCUUCACCAAGGCAGAGUGGGCCCUGCUGAGUCCUGACCAGAGAGCUUUGUACAGGGAAGUCAUGGUGGAGAAUUAUGGGAAUGUGGCUUCUCUAGCGAUUCAGAAGCCCGUCCUCAUCUCCUGGCUUCAGGGAAGUGAAGCACCUUUUCCUUUGGUCUCCGAAGAAGAGGCCAGGUUGGCAGGUGACAGGCAGGAAAACAAGAAUUAUAGCCAGAGACGUGUGGUGUCUUUCAAAACAAUCAGCCAUGAAGUGAAGGAAGAGCCUUCUGGGAAUCAAGAAGAAUCAAGGAAGCAGAAGGAGAACCCCAUGAAGAAGUUGGGAAAUCAGUCUGUAGUUUUUGAAGCUGGUGGCUGGCUUGAAAAGCCAGCUCAACAAGAAUAUCUCAAAGGAAAAGGGAGGAAUAAGUGGUCUGAAAGUGAAACAGGACUGCAAAGAGAAUCCAAAUAUAUUUCCCAUCAGAGAAUCCACACAGCAGAUGAAUGUUAUAAAUGCUCUGAAUGUGGAAAGGCCUUCAGCAGGCUUGUAAGCCUGACUUCUCAUCAGAGAAUCCAUAUGGGGGAGAAACCAUUUGAGAGUUCAGGUUGCGACAAUAGCUCUGAUCUGAGUGAAAGCAUUACUUCCCAUCAAAGGCGUCAUACUAGGCAAAAAUCAUGUCAGUGCUCAGAGUGCAGGAAGAGGUUCAAAUGUAAUACAAUUCUCCACUCGGAGGAGAAACCGUAUAAAUGCUUGGAAUACGGAAAGAGCUACAGUCAGACUGAAAACCAUACCUUGCACCAGAGAAUUCACAAAGGGGAGAAACGUUACAAAUGCUUGGACUGUAAUAAAAGCUUCAGUUUCAGAAGGAGCCUUAUUUCCCAUCAAAGAAUUCACACAGGAGAGCAACUUUACAAAUGCUUGGACUGUAGUAAAAGCUUCAGUUGUAGAAGUAGCCUUAUUUCCCAUCAAAGAGUUCACACAGGGGAGAAACCUUAUCAAUGCUUGAAGUGUGGAAAAAGCUUCCGUCACAACACAGGCCUCAUUUCCCAUCGAAGAAUUCACACAGGGGUGAAACCUUACAAAUGUUUGGAGUGUGAAAAAAGCUUCCGUCACAGCACGGCUUUCAUUUACCAUCAAAGAAUUCACACAGGGGAGAAACCAUACAAAUGCUUAGAGUGUGGAAAAAGCUUCCGUCACAGCACAGGCCUCACUUCCCACCAGAGAAUCCACUCUGGAGAGAAACCGUACCAGUGCACCAUAUGUGGGAAAUGUUUCAGUCAGGGAUCACACCUUACUUCCCACAAAAGAACCCAUUCUGGAGAGAGACCAUAUAAAUGCCAGGAAUGUGGGAAAGGUUUCAGUCAGAGCUCACACCUGACUGUACACCAAAGCCUCCACACUGGAGAAAAACCAUAUAAAUGCUUGGAGUGUGGAAAGAGUUUCAGAAUCAACAGAACUCUUAAAGUGCAUGAAAGAAUUCAUACAGGGGAGAAACCUUAUAAAUGCCUGGAAUGUGGAAAAAGCUUCAAUCAGAGCUCAAGUCUUAAAAUACAUAAAAGAAUCCACACAGGAGAGAAGCCCUAUAAAUGCAGGGAAUGUGGAAAGAGAUUCAGGUGGAGAAGUGAUUUCAUGUUCCACCAGGGAAUUCAUGAAGAGGAGGAAUCAUCAGAUUAGGGUUUUUGUAAUACCACAACUUUCAAUGAUGUCAAAGAAUUCACAGAGGCCUCAAAUUAUUUAAUGUCUAAUUAGAAAAAAAAAUCAUGUGAGCCCUCAAACCUUAGCAAACAUCAGGGAAGCAACUAAUGCAGAAGCACGUAAGAUAUUCGUGGUAAACAGGACCACAUUUAUAUUGGGUACAUCAUCUAUAAGCAUUAAAAUACCAAUUUGGGGGCUUCAGGGGCUUGACUGAGAAAUUCGUAAGUUAAUAAUGGGACCCAAUAGCCACAUAAGUUUAAUUUCUUAGAAAAAUGCUUGCACAUACACAAUCCCCCAAAGGGCUGCAGAUACAUUCUUCCCUAACAAUGCUACAGCCCAUAAUUGUCUCCUUUGCUCCCACUGAGCACAAUAAUUAUUUACUUGCCUCCUGGUCAGCAGAAGCAGCUGGGUCCCUCUUUGGACCAUACCGUUUGGGCAGAGAAAAGUAUCGUUUCUGAGCUUUCUUAGUUGAGAUAUGUCUUCCAUUUGGAAAGUAGAGAAGCUGCCAUGACCUUGCGUGGCUAUUCCAAGGUAGCUUCUUCCCAAAGGGCUGCAGACUAGGAGCAGCUUGGGUUCAGCCGAGUGCAUACUGGCACAGCAGAAUUGUAUUGGCUUGGCUCCUUAUAGGAGAAUCUCUUUACCUUAGUAGAGAAAUAGGAGCCCUUUAUUAUUAAGAUCUCCACCCAGGAUAGGACAGAGUAGAGAGAGAUUUUUAAACUAAUAUGCUCAUCUCAGAUGAAUGGAGAUAGAGAAGAGUCCUGCUCUAGUGGUGGCAAGAUGGAGGAAAGAGAGAGGGAAGAUGUCUGCCAGAAGAAAGGAAGAUUCCCUGAGGGUAGCAAUCUGGAUAUCAAAGGGACAGCUCCAGCGCAGUGGCAAAGGAAGAACACACAAUGCCCUGGCCUAUCUCUCUGACCUUGCCUGGACAGCCCAGGCUCGCCCAAUCGCAUCAGGUCUCUGGAAACUGAGGAUAGUUGGCUUUGGAAGUCAAAGAUGGUUUCACUGAAAGAAAAUAGCUGGUUUCCUUUCUGCAUGGUUCAUUUUUAAGUGUACAAAAAUCAUCCAGCAAAGUAGAGAAGAUGGUGUUGGAAAUCUUUUGAAAUGGCAGUUCAGAGCGCAUUCUGUAUGCUGUCCAAAUAAAUCAUAUACAUUCUCUACCUAGGCUACCAGGCAAAGUAAUGUUGAAAAAAAUCAUAAAUAAAAAUAAGUAAUAAAAAGCA